CAUUACUCGUUUCCACGCGGAUAGCUCUAAUCGUGUGAUUUUACUUCUACGUUAGGAUGCCAAAUAUGAGGAUCUCUCUAGGCUUUUUACUUCUUAUAACACUACAGACAUUGAUGCCAGAGUCCAUCGCCCAAGAUGCGGCUGUGGCCUUGAAGGCGUCCCUGUUGGCCAACUAUGACAAAAGUUUGCGGCCGGUUAAGUCAGUGUCUACACAUGUGAAUGUGGACUUCGACGUCUCCAUCAGACAGAUUAUUGAGUUGUCGGAAAAAGAUCAGAUAUUCCGAGUCAACUUAUGGCUUCGUGUGUACUGGAAUGAUGAAUACCUGACGUGGAACGCCUCAGAACACGGCGGUGUGGACUCAUUAAGCAUCCAUUCUUCUGACGUAUGGAGGCCUGACAUCUUUCUCUACAACAACAUAGCCGAAACGUAUGGUAACAUAGAAGCCAUCACUGACGUCACAGUGACCAGUACAGGACGGGUGACGCACCUCCAGCCCACCAUCUUCACCAGCGCAUGCCCAGUGGACAUUACUAGGUUUCCUUUCGACAAACAGGAAUGCAUUCUUGAUUUCGCGUCUUGGAUCUACACUGGAGACAAAGUGAACAUGUCCCAAGUGAAUCCCGAGGCAGGCCGCAGUACCUUCACUCCAAAUGUGGAAUGGAUUCUGAAUGGAGCGCCUAUGAGUAGAAAGGUGGAUUUCUAUCCCUGCUGCCCCCACCCCUUUGUCACUAUCCUCAUCAUCCUACAACUGGAACGUCGGUCCUUCUUCUACAUGUUCAACAUGGUGCUGCCCUGCGCCAUCCUGAUGAUUCUGAACGUGCUCGGCUUCUACAUCCCCCCGGACAGCGGGGAGCGGCUGGGCUUCUUCAUGACCAUCCUGCUGGCUCUAGUCGUCUUUCUUCAAGUUUUGUCGGGAUCCUUGCCAAAAACGUCAACGACUGUUCCACAGCUGGGCCUGUUCUUUGCCGUCACCAUCGCGCUGGUUGGCUUCUCGUGCCUGGCCUCCAUCGUGGUGAUCCGCCUGUCCUACAGCGGCCCGGCCGCCCGCCCGCUGCCCCGCUGGCUCCGUCUGCUCCUGCUGCACUACCUGGCUCGCCUCUUCUGCAUGGACACCAUCGCGGAGGAGAAGCACGUAGAUGAGAAGAAAGAGGACGUCUCCAAUUCUUCCCACCAGGAUAGCCAGACCAACCAGCCGAGGAAUACGCCAAAUCUCGCGCUCGAUCUAUCUCUGCGCGAGAUUGUACGCUACAGCCGGGAAUACUUGGCCCAAACCUGGAAGAAGAAAUUAGAAGAGGCAGACCAGGACGAAUGGAAAAUGGCGGCUCUUGUGUUGGACAGGGCUUUGAUGAUUUUAGUUGGCAUUGCGUCCAUUGUUGCUUGUGUUAUCCUACUUCGCUAAGUCAGUGGCUUAUCCAGUUGUACAACAAUGUAAGGUGUCCUACUGUAGUAGCUAAUGGGAUGAAUUGUUAUGAGGACAUUUUAAACCGUUGAAAUUGUAGCAGAGAACAUACGUUUGAAAAUACGGUAAAUGCAAAUAUGUUCGCGGUGGCAAUACAACGUAGCAAGUAUUUCAAACUAUUCUUGUUUCAUAUGUAGACCGUACACAAUAGCAUCGUAACAAACUUUUGACUAUUCAGAAUUCAAAAUGACAGAAAUGGAACAGACGCUAUGUAGCUAACGUACACAGGGCAAACUCUAUCUAUAUUAGGCUCUUAUGUACACAAACAAAGUACAUUUGUGUAGGUUGUGUAACUUUGUGUAUGUAGCUUGAAUUACUUCAAUGGUAGCUUCUUGAAUGAAAGCACUUUUUUUUCAAUGUUGCAUAUAACUGCAAUAUGCUUCUGAUUAUCUAAAUACAUUUAUCGCGGCAAUGAGGAUUAUUUAUGAUUGAAAGGGAUGAGAAAUGUAAGAGGCUGUCCUACAAUAUUUCAUACAUUGGGAACAUCAGCACUGUUACGAUAUGUAUAGUGAAACUUGGAUUCAACAAAAACUCAAGGAACUGAGGGAAAUGGAAGCCUUCUUCGCGGUCGGUUAUUGUGUGUAUGGGGGAGGGGGGCGCUGAUUCGCCAUUUUCAACACACGGGCCAUGGUAUUAUGCCAAAAAGAUCAUGUCUGCACCUACCAGUGCUCGUUGAGAGCCGCGAAAGGGAGUUUUUGUUGUAGUUCCUAAGUGUUAAAAAUUGAUCAGAAAUUAUUUCCUCUGCCGAAACGAAAAUAUGGGAAAGUUCGAGUCGUCACUUUAGUCAUUGUUAUUUUCUACUACUGUUUCUUCUUAAUAACAUGGGGGUUUCUGGCGAUAAAAAUGAGAAUAAAUAAAUGUUAGUAUC